GUUUUUAGCUCCCAUAGCUGGGCAUACAGUAGUCCAGAACGCACGCAGCUCACUCAUCACUCAUAUAGCGGCACUCCUGAGCCCGUGCGCCAAGCGCGACAAGCUAUUAUCGCGGCAGUGACUCGAUCUCCGCUGCGCGUGCCGGCUGUUCAGGCUCGCCUGGAGCGCAGACGAUGAGUGAUGUGGCAGCUCCGCCUCCAAAAACGCCCUCGCCGCUCACGGACCUGAUACCGGAGCCGCUGCGAGACCACCCGGCCGCCGCCGUCGUCGCUGGCGGCGCAGGGCUCGCCGCUUUAAGCUUAGGCUUGUCCGCGUUCCGGAGCACCGGCCGCUUGGCCGUAUCCACGCUACGCCGGCGCGCGACGGCGACGCUCGAGGUCACGAGCCGCGACGCUGCGUACCCGUGGGUGCUCCACUGGCUGAAGCGGACGAAUCCUAUCGGAUCAUUUAGGCACGCGAGCGUCACGACGCUACAUGGCGACGACGGCCCGACCUUUGACCUCGUGCCGGCGCCAGGUUUACACGUCGUGCGCCACGCGGGCCGGUGGGUCCUCGUGGAACGAGCCCGGGAGUACGGCACGGUGAACACGUCGAGCGGCACGCCCUGGGAGAAGGUCGUCCUCACGGCUUUUGCGGGUUCUAGUGACUUUUUUCCAUCUCUACUCAACGAAGCGCGGCGCGACGCGGAGGGUAGUCGCGAUGCAACGACAACGACGCUCUACACGUGCUGGGGCACGGAGUGGCGGCCCUUCGGCCAGGCUCGAGCCAAAAGACCGAUCGAGUCCGUGGUCCUGAAGGAGGGCCAGGCCGAGAGGCUCGUACAGGACGUCGCCGAGUGGUCUAAGUCGAAAAAGUGGUACGCGGAGCGGGGCGUGCCGUAUCGACGCGGUUAUUUACUGCACGGCCCGCCGGGCGGGGGGAAGACGUCGUUCUUCCUGGCGUUAGCUGGUGCGUUGGACCUGGACGUGUGUCUGCUAUCAUUAUCAGAUGAGGGCCUGACGGACGAUAGGCUCGCUUUAGCGCUGGCGAACGCCCCCAGGAACUGCUGCGUUUUAUUAGAGGACGUCGACGCGGCCUUCGCUUCCGAGGAGACGAGUCGCGGCCACCUCACGCUAAGUGGUUUGUUGAACGCGCUCGACGGCGCGGCGGCGGCCGAAGGGAGGGUGGUGCUCAUGACGACGAACUACGUCGAAAGAUUGGACGCGGCUUUAAUUCGACCGGGCCGCGUCGACGUCGUGGAGCUCGUGGGUGACGCGGACGCGGACCAGGCAUCGCGGUUAUUCCAGCGGUUCUACGAGGACGCGUCCGAUGAAGACGCCGCGGCGUUUGGUGUCAAUGCGACGGCCAGUAGAGCGCCGUCGAUGGCCGAGCUGCAGGGUUUUCUGAUUGCGCGGAAGGGCGAUCAUCACGCGGCGCUGGCCGAGGCGUCUUCGCUCAUUCGGGACCCUCGUCCGGGACCCUCGUCCCGCGUUGACGCGGGUCCCCCGGCUUCGCCAGGAAAAAAACGGGGCCGGCGGCGGCUGACGGCGCUCGACGUCGACCGCAUGCCCUUCAACCCGCAGCCCGGCUGGGAAGAGAGUAGUAACCUCCGGGAAUAG